AUGGCUCCUGCACCUACAUUAGACGUUCAAGUACAGCCCUACAGCGGCGAGCUAACAGAUGUGCCACGCAAGUCGCAGAAACAAAUGACUAAGGCUGAGCGGCGUGAACUGCAAGAGAAGCAGCGAGCCGCAAAGGCAGCAAAGGCAGAGGUCGCACCCGCCGCAGUCAACAGGAAGCAACCAAAAGACAAGCAGGAGCCUGAUUUCGUCUCUCCUGCCCCGAGAAAAGCGCAGAAAGUGCCUGACUUGCCCGUCCGACCCGUCUUGGCUGUGCCGGGCAAGCCUGUGAAGGACAUUAAAAUGCCAGCUGCCCUCGCGACCGAUGCUUCCUUGGAGAAGGCGCGAGGACUGCGAAUAUUCGCGCAUUUUGGUCUACCGAAGCCCGUCAGCAUCGCGAAAGGCGAGAUUCACCCAACUAUUAUACGACUCGCGCUGCAAUUCUCGAACUUCAAGAUCACCGGAGCAAAUGCACGUUGUAUUGCUACCUUGACGGCCUUCAAGACAGUGAUACAAGACUAUACAACGCCCUCGAAUAAUACCCUCUCCCGCCAUCUCAUGACUCAUCUUUCUCCACAAAUCAGUCAUUUGGUGGCAGCAAGACCAAUGUCAGUGACAAUGGGGAAUGCUAUCCGGCAGUUGAAGCUCGAGAUCAGCGGGUCUGAUAUCGAUUUGCCUGAGCAAGACGCAAAAAACCACCUCUGCCGCAAGAUUGAUAAUUACAUUCGGGACAGGAUUAUAAUUGCAGAUCAAGUCAUUCAGGAAACUGCUGGGAAUAAGAUCAAGGAUGGGGAUGUCAUCCUGACAUAUGCCAGGUCGUCAGUAGUCGAAAAAGUGCUUCUCGGCGCAUAUGAAAAAGGGCGGAAGUUCUCAGUGAUCGUCGUAGACUCAAGGCCGAUGCUAGAAGGCAAACGUUCACUAUCCGUUCUAUCCUCUGCGGGCAUCCAGUGCACAUAUCUCCUCCUGCCUGCUCUUGGUUCUGUCAUCACUGAAGUCUCUACUGUAUUCGUCGGCACUCACUCAAUACACUCAAAUGGCGCCAUAUUCUCAAGAGCGGGAACUGCCUUAGUAGCUAUGAUGGCGAAACGGCAUUCGGUCCCUGUGGUCGUUUGCUGCGAGACGUACAAGUUCUCCGAAGGUGUGCAGCUCGAUAGUUUUACGAAGAAUGAAUUAGCGCCAGUUGAGGACAUCUUUUCUUCGUUUCCCCUCGCCAAACCUCGCGAGUCAUUGAUACUGCAGAAUAAACCAAGUUUAGAGAUUCUCAACCCAUUAUACGACCUAACUCCGCCGACAUGCAUCACUGCCGUCGUCACAGAAGUUGGCGUAAUCCCGCCAAAUUCGAUCAGCUCAAUACCACUUGCUCUUGGUCGUUUCCACUAG